AUGCUACAUGUUGCACUUCCUGAAGCGGUGUGCACCCUCUCUGAGGGGCACCCAGUCAAUGUGCACUUCCUGGCUACUGCACUACUUCGAGUGCCGGUAGAGGCUGCAACCUCCAAACCGACCUCCAACUUGCUCCCCUCGAUGGCCGAACUAUUGCACAAAGCGGCAGAGUUGGUCGUCACGCAGCUCGAGAGAUCCACUGUGCAGCUGCAGGAUGCGCUGGAAAGACGCAGCCUGAGGGCAUGGCGUGGACCUUUGAGGAGAUGGCUAGAUCGCAUGCACGAAGCAGGCCUGCAAAAUGUAGAGUGCAUCCCCAUUUAG